AUGGCCGUGGGGUGGAGACCGGCCCCAACAGGGUGGAUCACAGUAAACUCGGACGGGUCGCUCCUACGACCGUCUGGGUCAACCGUGGCAGGAGGAGCGCUUAGAGACUGGCAGGGUCGCUUGUUGGGGGCCUAUACGACGAACCAAGGAAGAUGUUCCAUUACCCGGGCCGAGAUUUGUGGGGCACUGAAGGGCCUGGAGCUAGCAUGGGAGGCAUGUCAUCGCCAGGUGGAGCUGCAACUGGAUUCCAAGACUGCACUCGCGCUGCUUCUUGACACUGGCCGACAUAACCAUCAGCACGCCAACCUUGCCAUCCGCUUUCAGAACAUGUUGCGCAGAGAGUGGUCUGUUUGGGUCACUCAUAUCUAUAGAGAGGCUAAUUUUCUGACUGAUUGUCUAGCUCAUAAGGGACACACGCUGUGUCCUGGAACCAAUUUGAUUGAUGUUACAGACUCGGAUGUUUGCCGUUGGGCCCUUUUUGACUCUGUGGGUGGGUUUACCAUUCGCUUGAUUGCUGAAUAA